AUGUCAAACCAGCAUAGAGGAGCGAAACCAUCAGAUGCUGAGAAUUCACAAGCUCAUCCAACAACACACAAAUCACGUAUCGUCCAAAAACCGCAUCUCACCCUAAGUCCUGUUAUACUCCAAAUUGAUUCAAAGUCCACCCCCGACAAACCAUUCUUGAUCGCCAAGCCAACAGGUCCAUUGCCAAUGUCAGGCAAAGCAGACCAUAGUGGCCCCCCAGCAGACCACCCAUUCGCAGGCGGCGAGCGCCCAAGAAAACGGCGCCGUAGUGUCAAAUUGGCCCUUGCAACCGUUGUUGAGCAUCCGGAGCUGGUGAGAUUUCGUCGGAAAAUCCGCGAGAUCGUUUCGAGUUCAAGUCUGCGAGGUCCCCGGCAAUAUUACGCCAGCAAAAGACGUCGCCCUCUUCAUUUAUCACCUAAUCGCCCAUUGAAGAAGGACCCUAAUCGCCAAUGGAUGAAGGACGUACUUAGGGAGGUGGACACACUCAUCUCCGAGUCGGUCUUGAUGGAAAUUGUCGUACGAUAA